GCCCGCGGGACCGGCCCCCCGGCACACCGGCAGGGAUCGGCCCGGCUCGGCCCGAGCCCGCGGGACCGACCCCCCGCACACCGGCAGGGAUCGCCUCGACUCGGUCUGAGCCCACGGGACCGACCCCCCGCACACCGGCAGGGAUCGGCUCGGCUCGGCUCGAGCCCGCGGGACCGACCCCCCGCACCCCGGCAGGGAUCGGCUCGGCUCGGCUCGAUCCCGGCUCCGCCAUGGAGGCGCUGCGGGCGGCGGGGCGUGCCGUGCUGCGGAGCCCGCGCCUCGCCCGGCACGGUCUGGGUCUCCGCCGGCGGCGCAAGCUUCCUGAGAGCUGGGCUGACAUGCAGGAGCCACUGCUUGAGGGGAUGUGCUUCACCCUCAAGUAUCUGGGCAUGACGCUGGUAGAAAAACCAAAAGGAGAAGACAUGGCUGCUGCUGCCAUCCGCAGGAUCGUGGCCACGGCACGGGUUGGAGCUCGCAAGUUUCAGAAGGUGAUUCUGACAGUGUCUCCAAGGGGCAUCUCACUGCAGGAUGCAGACACUAAGGAGAUGGUGGAGAACAUCUCCAUCUACAGGAUCUCCUACUGCACAACAGACAAGCUGCAGAACAAAGUCUUUGCUUAUGUUGCCCAGAGCCAGGAGAGCGGGGCGCUGGAGUGCCAUGCCUUCCUCUCACCCAAGAAGAAAAUUGCCCAGGCUGUGACUCUGACUGUGGCCCAGGCCUUUCAGAUGGCACUGGAUCUCUGGGAAGCAACACAUGCAGGCUCUAGGCAGGAUCAGCCCCUUCACCCUUCAUGUAUCUUGGAGAGCAGUGAGGCCGGCAGAGCCCAUGAGCCAGCCCCCGCAGGGAGAGCUCCCUUCACACACCACUUUGGGGUACAGUAUGUGCAAGUCAGGCCCAUGCUGAGGGCUGUCUGGAAUUAGGGCAGGGACAGAGUGACCCCUCUGCAGCUCCCUGCUCCUCCCAGAGCCCUGCUGAUACCUGCACAGCCCCUGUCGCACAUGGCAGCCUGAUGUGAGGAGGUGCACUGUGCCACGUGGCUCACACAGCAGGUGCAGUUCCUUGGUUGGUGUCUGUGCUUUAGGAGCUCUGCCAUCAGGCCCAGCACUGCUGCAGCCUCAGCCCUGCUCUGCUGGCCCUGUCACACAGAGACCUGGGCUGCACACUUGGUUUCAUGGCUGGGAUGAGAGCUGCCUCUGAAGGAUCAUCAUCCUGCCAGCCUGGGCUAAGGCUCAGCCCAGCCCAUCUGCACUGCACCUCCUGCAUGGCCACAGCACUUGGAGCAUUGUCAUACUGGUCUCACUACAUCCCUGUCUGGGAACUUCUGGAUUCUUGGUCCUUGGCCUCAUGCUUCCAGUGUGAGUCCAACCUGACCGUGCUUGGGGUUGUAGCUGUGCACAGCCUGCUUCUGGUAGUGUCUGCCUGCCCCUCCAGCUGCAGGGUGUGCCCACCCACCACUGUCCCUGGGCAGAGGCGCACUGCAUCAGCAGCUCUGUCAGCAUGGUCCAUGCUCACAGCUUGUGUUUGGGGCUUUGCACCUGGAGGGGAUGUGGGAAGAGCUAUGGCCUGUCUGUCCUUGUGUGCCCAAGCCCAGAGGGUUCUGGCAACCCAGCACUCCAGUCUUUCCCUCACUGCUUGUGGGAAACCUUUGUACUGUGCCUGGGUAGUGACUGUCUUGUGCAGGGGCCCAGCCUCACUCCUGGCAGAG